UAUUUGUUGCAGGGCGCGUGCUGCUUGGGCGCCAUAUACGCCGCUGGCUGCGAACCUUCUUGCAUUGAUACAGCGUCCUACGGAAGCAAGAAAUGUCUACCACCUGGCAGCAUGGUUGAAGACCCUUUGAACUGCACGCAGUUCUACUUCUGCCUGUCUAACUGUGCUGUUACGGAACAUCCAUUGCCUUGCGAAGCAGGCUCCUUCGAUCCUAAUACGCACGCGUGCGACCCUGCAGCGACGUCCUGCACAGCCUCCUGCGACGCAGGCAGCUGCCACCUCACCUGCAACGGGACGAUGGACAUGAUUAGCGACCCACUCGAUUGCGGCCAGUAUUUCAUUUGCUUCCCGCACGGCAUCGAAGGGCCCUUCUCUUGCCCAAGCAAUGCGCCCUUUUUCAACGGAGAUACCUGUGUGGUUGAGAACAGCGAGUGCUGCGAUGGAAGCUGCUUGCCUUUUUGCCCAAGUGUAGGCGUACAAAUUCCUGAUCCCCUCGACUGUAGGAAGUAUUAUAUUUGCGUCAAAGGGGGGGAACUAGCAUCGGAAGAUUUUCAUUUCACUUGCAACUCUGGCAAUUUCGACAUAGCUCAGGGGCUAUGCUCAGACAGCGCAGAAUGUAAAGUUAUAUGUCCGGGCGGUGUCCCCGGAGGAGAAGUCACAACCUCCGGUAGCACUGCCGUUUCCUCUGCCGCGUCAGUCUCGCCGACCGGCGAGUGUCAAGACUCUAUCACCUGCACUGCAGUUGGCAAUGUCGCCAAGUGCAUCACAUGCCAGCCGGAAUAUUUCCACUGCUCAGCCGUAGGACAGCCAGGGGUCAGCCAGGCGUGUUCGGGCGACCUAGUGUUCAACCCGAUCCCCAGUUUCCCGUACUGCGUUUUACCCUCAAACUGCCCUUACACUCCACCGCUGUAGGCCGGAUCCUCUUUGCUGGCCUAUUGUUUUUCGACAUGGAAAACUUUUCAGAAGUACUUUAAACAUAUAAUAAAUGAGAAAAAGAAAAGUAUCAAUAACAUGAAAACAUUCGAAUAAGCAAAACUGAGUAGAAUGUAUCUACCAUGUAAUUUUUGUAUCUCUUGAUUAACUGAGCUUUAAAUAAACAUUGCAUAUCCUAU